UAACUGUGUCACGCCAAGUCUGCCCUUUGAACAGGUUGCAGCGGCAGUGAAGCAGCUUAUGGGUACAUCUAUUGCAACUACGUUGGAGUUGCCGUUGCUAUGGGCCGCACUUGAGACGCCAGAAAGUUACAAAUACGCGCUUAUCCCGAGUAAGGUAAGACAAACGAUAUUGUGUGCUUACCCAAACGCGGGUGGAACUAAAGCCGUUAACCCUGUUCAAUGCGAGGACUUUUACGUUACUGGCGACGGUGCCCAGCUCAACCUGGUCCACAUUAGCAACAGCGAGCCCAUCAAAGCAAACGAUGCUUCAGCUCAGAGAUCACGCGUAGGUCGCGCAGUUGGAGGGGAAUACAAUCGCCGCGAGCUUGCUGCUCUCCACUCGCGGAUCACUGCUAACCGCCGAUACAUGACGGAGAUGACGCAUGAAGUACAACGAUUACGCAACGAACAGUAGCG